AUGGGUAAAGUGCACGGAUCCCUCGCCCGUGCCGGUAAGGUCAAGUCGCAGACUCCAAAGGUCGAGCCACAAGAGAAGAAGAAGACCCCCAAGGGCCGCGCCAAGAAGAGAAUCACAUACACCCGCCGAUUCGUAAACGUCACCAUGACCGGCGGCAAGCGCAAGAUGAACCCCAACCCAACCUCAUAA